GGAGCCUGUCGCGAUGGCAGAGUCCCAGGAUGUCCACGUCCGAAUCUGUCACCAGGAAAUCGUUAAAUACGAUCUGGAGAUCAAAGCGCUGAUCCAGGAUAUCCGAGAAUGUCCUGGUCCUCUAAGCACCCUGAAUGAUCUCAAUGCUCAAGUCAAGGAGAAAUUCCACCUGCUGAGGUUGAGAAUACAGGAUUUUGAACAGCUGGCUAAGGAGCAGGAUAAGGAAUCCGACAAGCAGGCAUUGCUGAAGGAGAUGGAGUGUCACAAGAAACAGAUGUUAAGCAACCAGACUGUGUGGCGUAAGGCGAACCUUUCCUGCAAGCAAGCGAUAGAUAACGCAGAGAAGGAUGAACUGCUGGAAGGAGGUGACCCUACAAGGCAGCGGAAAGUAGCGAAGGAAAACUUGGCACAGUCGACAAGCAGCAUCACGGAGAGUCUGAUGGGUAUCAGUCGAAUGAUGUCACAGCAAGUCCGGCAGAGUGAAGUUACCACGCAGACACUAGCCACGUCAUCACGGACCAUUCAGGAAGCCAACGAGGAGUUCAAAUCCAUGUCGGGGACUAUACAACUUGGACGAAAACUUAUCACUAAAUAUAACCGGCGUGAGCUCACUGACAAGCUACUCAUUUUUCUGGCCUUGGCCUUAUUCUUAGCAACUGUACUGUACAUUUUGAAAAAAAGGCUAUUUCUGUUCUAGUCGCUGUACUGCAAAGGAUUUGGAUGCCCAACCGGUGAGGUACCCUGGCUUUAAAGAUUGCGAGCAACUUACUAAACUACACCGAUUACUCUGGAACUAGUAUCUAAAGCUACAUCAUCUCUUCUCUGUUCAAAAUGGUGCACAAAGUUAAUGAAUGUCUAGGUUUAUAAAAAAAAGUCAGUUGUUGUGGAAUUCUGGGAGUUGUAGAUCAACUGCAGAGGAAACCGAGGCUGGACAUUCCUGGUUUAGACUUUGGUCUUGGUCCUGACAUUUGUGUUCCAUUUUAUGUAAGUUGCCUUGCCAUGUGGAUUUUAUGAUAGUCUUAUGUACUGAUGUAAUCCAUCAGUGAAACAAAUGAUCACCAUCUGUAGACAUUUGCUUAUUGGUUACUGUGUUAGGCGAAAGCCGGGUAGAUCUGCCCAUUUAGCAAAGUUACCAUAAAAGCACAUUUUUGCCCCCCAGUUUGGUGGUGGGCCUUAUGAUUAUUUUCUGAUUAUGUUGCCUCCAAUGGGAGACCUUUUGAUGAGGACCACAGUAGAGGUGCAUGGUCAGCCCAAACCCCCAGGAUUAAUGGGUUUACCUUCAGGUCAGGCUAAUAAUUGAACAUGGGGCUGGUGGGUCUAACUAUUCACCUGAGCACCCCUCACCCAAUUUAGUUCUGCCAUGUUUCUCUGCCUCCAGCUCCGUUGGAACUAGCGUUUAUAGACUCGCACUUACCUCAUCCUGUGACAUCAGAUAUAGGCAGGUCGAACACGAGUAUCUAAAUGGUACCAUAUAUACAGCCUUAUGUGGGUUUUGCCUGACAGAAUUAUUCAGCAUUCCCAAGCAAUAGCUUAUUGAGCCAAAUCCGAUUUUGAGGCUAUUGUUUCAGUCAAAUAGCUGUCACCUUGAUCAGGAGCAAUCAAGUCAGCUUCUCUCCUGCCCUCAGGAGAAUCAGUGGCAGAUCUAGCUAUCAAACAGUUGCGGGGCAUCUUUUGUAAGAAAAAGGAAAAUAAUAUGAAUUAAAUAUUUAAAGGGUCACUUUUCAGGCGAUGGAAUGUGGACAGCCUUAAUUCAGUGGGGAAAACGUAAGGGUAUACUGUGCUCCUUUAACAGAUGAAGGAAGUUGUGAUUUCUUACUUCUGUCUGGCCAUAUUGUGUGUUAGUUUCUGCAAAAUGACUGUGGUUUAUUCAGCUAAAUAAAGAUGCAAAUUAAAAGUAUAAAUUCGUAUGGCUGUUAUGAAAACUGUUUAUAUAUUUUUUGUCACAAGUCAGUUUAACAGAUGACUGAUGUCAAACUUGUGGCGAUUCUACUGCAUGGAAUCCCCCUUCACCCUGAAAGUCGGAAGAUGGGAGUUUCCGGUAGCAGGAGGGCUGCACAGUUUAUGGCACUAACAUAUAAUAUAUACGAGUCCGUGCAAUGAAUGCCAUUGAGCCGUGUGGAGGGAGCCAUGUGGGGGCUCAGGCAAUUAUCAGCCGUCCCUCGGACUGAAGGCAAGGGCACAGAGAUCAGGCUUCCUGCGUCUACAUGGACCAACUCUCUCAUGGAAUUUUCAAUUUCCUUUCAUUCUCAUGAUAUUUUACGUGAGUACCAUUUAACCAAUGUCAUGUUAGCUGGCAGGAGGACAGAAAUAGGUUUUCGUCUUCUUUAAUAAAUUAUAUUUAUGAUA